AUGGGUGACCAGGGCGUGCCCUCGGAGGUCUGCGACGAGUUGGUGAAGUCGGCCUGUCUCGAUGGCCGAGAGGCUGGCUUUAAGCCCAUGACCGCAGGUUUCUCCAACUAUGUGUGGAGCGCCAGCUGGGAGGAGCGGGCCUUGGUGGUGAAGUGCUUCACGGACCUGGUUCUGCUCCGGGUGGAACUGCAUGCAGUGGGUGUGAUCGACCAGCUUGCCAGCCAGUGCGGCGUGGGGCCCCGCAUCCACAGCUGCUGCCACCUGGGGAUGGUCAUGGACUUUCUGCCCGGCCGAACCUUGGAAGAGGCAGAUGUGCACUGUGGCAACUUCAAGCUCUUGGAUUCCAUCGCACAGCAGCUGCACUUCUUUCACAGGCAGGAGACGCCGAAAGCUGCCGAGGGCGAGCCGAUGCUGUGGCGCACCAUGGACAAAGUCCUGCAGGUGGUCGAGACUCAUGGCCUGGCCUUGCCCUCGCUGCCUCUGGCGGAGGUCCGUGCAGAGAUCGCCGCCGCGCAAGACGCCCUCCAGAAGCUCCAGCCGAAGGUUGUUUGCGCCCAUGGAGACCUAAAGCCGUCCAACGUCAUCGAGAACGAAGGCGGCGUAUGGCUCAUCGACUUCGAGCUGGGAGGGCCCAACUACCGUGGCUUCGAUUGGAUGAAGCUGUUCAGAAGGGCCGAGGGCUUCUCCCAGCCGGACAUGGACCAUUUUUUGCAGAGCUACGCCGCUUGCGGGGAGGAGCCCUGUGACCUGGCGAGCAUGAAGAAGGAGACCUUGGCCUUCGAGCCUCUGACCUGGCUCGAGGCCUUUGUGUUCUUUCUGGCCUUGCCGCAGUACAAGCCUGAGGACACUCCCAAGUGGCGGCGAUUGGCUGAGCACCGCUGGGAGAUGUACCUGCAGACGCGGCAUCGGCUGCUGUAG